AUGGCUAGAGAUCCCCCUCCCCCCAAUAUACAAAUAAGUGAGAUCUUACCUUUGAUUGAAGAAGUUCGUCGUGCUAAUGGGCGGUUUGUUCCUAAUAUUGGCAUUCCUAGUGCCACUAAACAGAAAGAGGAAGUUAUUAUUGAAAGAGUAAUGGAGCAUUGUGGUUUUAAAACAGGAAUGGCAUUUGUUUUAGGAUAUGCGCUAGGAGGCGCAUUUGGCUUAUUUACUGCUGGAUUAGAUACAAGUAUGCCCUCUUAUGUAACUGGAUAUCAAGAGCAGUCUGCUAAAGUUAUAUUGAAAGAAAUGAAAAAUCGUGCUGGUUCUUAUGCUAAAAAUUUUGCUGUUGUUGGAGCAAUGUUUUCUGCUACUGAAUGUAUGAUUGAAACUUAUCGAGGUAAAACUGAACUUGGAAAUGGGACAAUGGCAGGUUGUCUAACAGGUGGCCUACUAGGAUUAAGAGCUGGUCCACAAGCUGCUGUGUUUGGUUGUGCUGGUUUUGCGGCAUUUUCUACAGCAAUAGAUUAUUAUUUUCGACAUUAA